AUGAGUGCCCACAGCGGGGGAGGGAUUCUUGGCCUGACCACAGUAUCCAUCACUCUGGACUUCAGCCUGCACAGCAGCUUGAUGGCUUGGCCACUGAGUCACAACUUGACUGGGAAUCACAGUUUGCCAACAUCUGAUCCCCUGAAUUCCUCCAUGGGGGCAGACAUCUCUCGAAAGUCCAUCACGGAGAAGAACUGGCCAGCCCUCCUGAUUCUGGUCAUCAUCCUCUUGACCAUUGGUGGGAACAUUUUGGUUAUCCUGGCUGUCUCCUUGGAGAAGAAGCUCCAAAAUGCCACCAACUACUUCCUGAUGUCCUUGGCUGUGGCGGACAUGUUGGUGGGCAUUCUGGUGAUGCCCGUGUCUCUGAUCACUAUUCUCUAUGACUAUGCCUGGCCCUUGCCUAAACAUCUGUGUCCCAUCUGGAUUUCCCUAGAUGUGCUCUUUUCUACGGCCUCCAUCAUGCACCUCUGCGCCAUCUCCCUCGACCGGUACGUCGCCAUCCGCAACCCCAUUGAGCACAGCCGGUUUAACUCCCGCACCAAGGCCAUCAUGAAAAUUGCUGCUGUUUGGACCAUUUCUAUGGGCAUUUCGCUGCCCAUCCCUGUCAUUGGCUUGCAAGAUGACUCUCGGGUCUUUGUGAAUGGAAGCUGUGUCCUGAACGACGAAAACUUUGUCCUCAUUGGCUCAUUUGUGGCUUUCUUCAUCCCGCUGAUGAUCAUGGUGUUCACCUACUGCCUGACCAUCCAGGUCCUGCAGAAGCAGGCAUCUAUUUUCCUCUAUGGGGAGCCCCUCAAGCAGAGGAGGAACAGCAUGAGCUGUCUCAGGAAAGAGAACAAUGCAGAGAACCUUUCUAUGCUGCAGAACCACGAGGCAGCUUCCCACUUAAAUUCUCCGGUCAACAAGGAAGGGGUCCUUUUUCGGAAAGGCACCAUGCAGUCCAUCAACAAUGAACGCAGAGCCUCCAAAGUCUUGGGGAUUGUCUUCUUUUUGUUCCUGAUCAUGUGGUGCCCAUUUUUUAUCACCAACAUAAUGUCUGUCCUCUGCAAGGACGCCUGCGACAAGGCUCUUCUCAGAGAGCUUUUGGAUGUCUUCGUUUGGGUAGGCUACAUCUGCUCAGGGGUCAACCCCCUUGUCUACACACUCUUCAACAAAAUCUACCGCAGGGCUUUCUCUAACUAUAUCCGAUGCCACUAUGAGAGUGGCAAAAAGGCCUCACAGCUGCACAACCAGUGCCCCAAUGUCUCUACAGCUUUCUAUGGGAAGGACCUCAACUUGAACAGUUACCGCAACGAACUCAACAGCAUGGAGCUGGACGAGUCAGAGGAUGCUUUGGAAAUGCAUGUGGGGACUCUGGAGCUCUCGAUAAACAGCUGCAGUGGUGAAAAAACAAGUAGCGUGUAAACUACAUGCAUAUACUCACGUUUGAAUUUCACUGUGGCACAGCUACAGUGUUCACGUUAG